AUGGUGGUUCUCACAACCCAGGGGAAUUCCAAUAGAAAGAUCUUUGAAAUAAGAGAUGGAACUGCAUUGGGAGACUUGCUCCGAGACUAUGUUCGGGCAUUGGAACUAUACUCGAUCGAUAUGGAGAGUGUGAGGGAAUCUUUAUCCUCGAUUUUUGCAUACAUAUUUCUUUUAACUGUGCAGAUCUUCGGGUUCCUGUGGGUCGUCUCAUGGACUGAAGGCAAAAAAGGGAUAAGUUCUGCUGCAGGACUGUCUUUUGGGGCCUUUUGUGUGAUGACUAUGUUCUUCUUUGGAGCCGGAUAUAUUUACAAAGAAAUCCUCAAGAAAAGAGCUGAUUCGUCAUACAUCUCGUAUGUCUAUGUGGUUGGGCUUUCUGUUGUACACUACCCGUAUCUUAUGUUUAUAGGACUAUUGGCAAAGAAUAUAUGGAUGUUUCUUUGUAUGAUGGCCAUCACCUCGAUUUCCCAGUUUCUUAUCCGAUCAUCUAUGCUGAGGAACCACAACUUCGAGAGCAGUAGAGAUGGAUUUAUGUUUGACAUUGCCUCGUUUAUCCUCCAGUGUGGGUUCUGUUUUGGAAGUCUUUCUCUCUUUAGUUUCCUAUCGCCUGGGAAUUAA